AUGGCUCCCAAAAAGGCCAUGAAACCCUCGCCAGAGGACGAGGAGGAGCACAGGUCUCGCUCUGGGCACCGCUCCACGACCUCCUCCAAACACCAAUCUACCCCCACAUCUACUGCUGCUACGAAGACGUCUUCAAAGCCUCCCAACUCCUCUUCAUCCUCCCGUCAACCCAAGCUUAGCCUUGAUCUUCCUCUGCGUCCUUCUGCCCCUGUGGUAAAGCCUCUGGAUCCGCGCCAGGCCCAGGAGUUGCAAAGCACUGCUUGGAUGCGCCGAACUCGAUACGACCCUGAUACAGGUGAGCAGCGGAAGCCCAAGAGCACCGGUUCUAGUAGCAGUGACUCUCCCAUCCGUCGAGUCGAGACCCCUCCAGAAUUUCCGUCCACCUGGACAGCGGAAGAAAAGGCCAACUAUGAGCGUCUCGCAAGAGAAGGCGUGAAAGUGGCUGUUUUUGAGCAACAUAGACUCGACCAAGAGAGGAUUGUCCGACACAAAGAUUACAUGACGGUUGCCUGGGAUGGCUGCAAGAACAUUGACAUUCCCUGGCAUCGAUUCAAAAUCAGGCCUUCUUCUGGUGCCCCCGAGGAGACUCAAAUCCAGCGUCGUGUUGGCUACAACACUUCCGGCAAAGAGAUCGAGGUCAUGAUGAACGCGUACCCGAUCACUUCUUUCCCAGACAAGGCGGUUUACCAGUACGAGAUCAAUGUUCUCCACGGAGACCAAAACGAGACCGACAGACGGGUCCUGAGAAAGUGCUGGAACAGUGCGACUCGAAAGGCACAUAUUCCUGAUGGUAUCUGGGAUGGCGGAAGAAUCUGCUGGUCGCUGCGCAACUUUGAUAACUGGAAUGAGGGUAUCGACUUCAAGGGUGACUUGACCCGAGACAUCAAGACUCUUGCUACUGUUGAUGAGUUCAAGAAGAAUCCUACCUUCAGAAUGUCUGUCAUUCAAAAGCGAAAGAUCAAUCUGUCAGUGAUCAACGCCUGGCUGCAAAACCGCCGUGAUCUGGAUGAACUCGUUAUUGAAUCUCUGAGCUUCCUUGAUCACUUGCUCCGUGAAUGGCCCACUAAACAGUUCGCUGCAAUCAAGCGGGCCUUCUUCUUCGACAAGCUUGGAGAUGACGAGGAGCUGAAGCAAGAGUUUUACCAACCGCUCGCCAAUAUGGGUGCUUCCGUGUACCGAGGCAUCUACCAAGCAAUUAAACCGACUCCUCAAGGUCUGAUCCUCAAUGUUGAUGUCGCCCACUGCGUCUUCUUUUCUCGUAUUAGUCUUAUGGGCUACAUGAUGAAUGUAAACGGGUGGAACGACAAGUCAACUCUGGUCAGGAACCUCCAGUCUACCCGCGACGAAUAUGGUGGUACGAAGGAAUCGAAGUGGUUCGCACAGGUGAACAAGAAGAUCCAGGGUCUUCGAGUGGCACCCAACUACGAGGGUUGCCCUUUCAAGAUGAAGAGUUUCAUUGUCAAGGGCCUGAUUCAUGCUAAGCCCAAGGAGUUUUUCAUUGACUAUACCGACAAGGCUUCUGGGAAGUCUACUCGAAUUCACCUUGAAGAGUAUUUUAUGAGACGGUACAACAUCCGCCUCGAAUAUCCCAAUAUGCUCUUGGUCGAGAUGCAAAAGGAAGAUGUGCACUACCCAGCCGAGUUCCUGGUCAUCAAGGGCCUUCAGAGAUAUCGCUACAAGCUCACCGAUGUGCAGGCGGCACAAAUGAUUCAAUGGUGUGCAACCAGGCCUCCGAAACGUUUGGCCAAUGCUCGCCAGUCCAAGGAUCUUCUUCAGCACAAGGAUGACCCGAUUCUGAAACUUUAUGGCAUGAAGAUCAGUGACCAAAUGAUCAAGACCAAGGCCCGCCUGCUUCCGAGUCCCGAGAUUCAGUUUGGGGGCAACCGCAAACACAACCCUCAGCAUUCGGGAAGUUGGGAUCUUCGCGGUAAGAAGUUUUACAAGCCCAAUGAAAAGGCCCUUCAGGCUUGGGGCGUCGGGUUCUUUUCCGGACAUCGAAAGUCAAUCAGUCAGGAUCAGACCCUUAGCUGGGUUGAACAAUUUGUCAAGAUGUACAAGAGCAUGGGUGGGGAGGUGACUGGCCGACCGGUUGUCAAGGGAUUGAGCGAAGACGUUGGCACCAGUGUCAAAAAGCUGUACGAUGCGAUCGCGGCGCAGAACCAGAGAGAGCCCCAGCUCAUGGUAUUCAUCGUUCCUGACAAGGACUCUUGGGUCUAUCUUCGCCUCAAGAAGUCUUCCGACUGCCGAUACGGCACUCCCUCUCAAGUGCUCCAAUCUGCACACUGCAUCAACAAUAAGCCUCAAUAUCAUGCGAAUUUUCUCAUGAAGGUGAAUGCCAAGCUUGGAGGAAUCACUGCUCGGGCUGUCCCCAAGUCAAAGAGUUCAGGUCUACGGCCAGGCUCCAUGAUCAUUGGGGCAGAUGUCACUCAUCCAAUGAUGGGUGUGUGGACCCCAUCAUUGGCAGCUAUGUCAGUUUCGGCAAAUUCCACUGCAACUCGCUACAUGGGUGGAUGUGAGACCAACGGAGAUCGAAUUGAGAUUAUCCGGGACAAAGUGGUCGAGUAUAUCCUCCACCCCAUGGUUGCUGAGUGGAAAGCGACUGUUGGGGGUGGCAAGGCUCCUGAGUACGUCUACUAUUUCCGUGACGGUGUGUCUGCGUCGGAAUACCAGAGAAUUCUUUCAGAGGAGGUCCCUGCAAUCCGCUUUGCCAUUGCACAUGCAUGUGGUCAGGCAAUCUGGGGAGGCAAGAUGUGUGUUGUGGUUGCCAACAAGCGCCACCAUCUUCGAGCGUUCCCUGACCCCAAGAAUCGUGCGGCUGCGGACGCCCACGGUGCCCCCCUGCCGGGCACUCUUAUUGAUCGAGAUGUGACUAGCCCACACGAUUGGGACUUCCUGCUCUACACGCACAUUGCUCUGCAGGGAACUCCUCGCCCGGUCCAUUACCAUGUCUUGUUGGAUGAGAUGGGCCUCAAGCCCAAUGACCUUGAGGGAAUGAUCAAUGAUCAUUGUUACCAAUACAUCCGCUCCACAACCUCUGUGUCUGUCCACCCCGCAAUUUACUAUGCCCACUUGAUUUCGGUUCGUGCUCGCCACCACGAGGAUGUUCCUAUUACCUCUGGCCCCCAGAGUGGCCCGGAGGUGAAAAUGACAAACCCGAAGCCCAAGGAGCCCCGAGCCAAGAGAUUGCUUCCCAUUGAAGGCACCUCAAACAAGCUCGCCCUGGGCAUGUGGUACGUCUAA